UUUCAGACCGACCACCUUAUUUCCCUGCACCGCCUUUCGCCCCUGCUGGGCGUUAUGCUUCGCUCGCAGUCGCCGCCCUCAUUCGUCCGUACUAUCGGUAGCCAAGCCCACACUCACCAGUGCCCCGCCCCUUCCAGGUGAUGCUGCGAUUCAUGCGUAAAUCAGAGCCGCCCGAUGGAGGCGGCGCUAUGACGGCAAUGGCCAAUCACAGCACGGAACAUACCGUCACUGAUGACCCAUUGGCUGCUAUCGGCCCUCACCAUCGCAUCUACUCCGUUAGCAGGUCAGUCUGGUUGCCCAGGGUGGAGUUGAGGGAUAAGGACAGUGCACGAGUGAACCCCCUGUUUUUGGAUGCCCACGCUGCCACACAACCAUCGUCACCCUCCCCCAAGAGUCGCCAGAGGACGCCCCCAUCGAAUUCUCCUCAGCCAAGGGAGAAAUCGGGGAGUAGUUCUGGCUACGGGGGGAGCGGAGAUGGUCCCUUGGAUCUGAUCUACCAGCACCAGGACCAUCUCAAGCUGAUGGAGGACGUUGCCGGGGUGCUUCUCGAACAGAAUCCCGCAUUCGUCAAGACAAUUAAAGUUGCACCGUGCAACGGGACGAAACCAAACAAACCAGUGCCAUCGCAGUCCAGUUCCUCGGGUGGCGGUACUCUGACGACCAUCCCCGAAGGCAAAGUGGACUCGCCCAUUCCUAAGCCCAUCUGGCCAAUGCGCGACAAGAGGCUCCUCGUGACCAACUAUGAUUCGCUGGUGGACGAUGCCUUGUUGCUCUACACCAGCAUGACCUACACUCCUGAGAAGAUCAAAUCGUUGGAGACCUACAUCGACAUGUCGGUGAAAGAUCUUCUCCUGGAGUUGUUGCAUGGGAUCAACGAAACGUUGGAGGGGAAGAACGAUACACCUCCUGAAGAUAUGCUCAAGAUUAUCAACGAUAGGAUUAGGACAAAACUAGAGGGGAUAAAAGCCUCAACAGACGAAGAAAUGAAAAGGUUAUGCGUGAACCUGAGUAACUGUACAAGGAAGAACUCAGUGCUAAGGGCACUGAGCAACUCUUCAUCGAGCGGGAACUCGAGUAAGAGCACAGAUUGGAGUGGAAGAGUUCGAACUUCGUCAUCGGAGACGGAAGAUAUCUACCAGGUGCCAUCAGGAUCGUCGAGCAGCGGCUUCAGCAGCGAGAGUGCCAAGGAGCUGUCGCCUGCCGGCAUCCCACGCACCGUGUUCGUGCACGACGACUUGUCCGCCAUGGGUGGUGCCAUGUCGCAGGGCGCACGCAACACGUUGAUGGGCGCUAACGGGGCAGCCGUUGCCGCCCAACAGCCGUCCGCGGCGCCCAAGAAGAGCCUGCUGCGGGCGGUGGACGACGAGAAGCCCAGCGUGUGGGAGCAGUAUUACGGGGUGCGAGCAACUGCGGCGGGAGGACAUAUCAGGAAUGGAGGGGUCGUUAAGCCCACCGAUGUGCCACUGUUCGUGAGUACAUUUCUUGAUUAUUAUGUAAAGUUUCUGGUUGGUAGGGUUCGAGAAAGAGAUCGCCAGUCAUAUACAAAUAUGGCGGACAAAAGUAUACUGUUUGGAUUCCAUAACCUCAUUUUUGAUAUAUCCUAUAUGUGCUUAAUAAUGACCUGUAUCCAAGUUGAAGGCGCGUAUAAGUUCACACAUUUUUUACAAGAUAACGAACAGUGUUGAUAGCUAACAGUUGUAAAAAAAGGCAAGAGAUUCUUGCAGUCUAGGAGACAGUCUAGAUAUAUAGUAUUGACUACGCGCUAAUGAACGAACUCAAAGAACAAUGUAGUAUUUAUAGAUUGUGUUGCGCCAUAUAUUAACGUGGUAGCAUAUUAUGAUAUAUGCCAAAACAAUAAGGAAACAUAAAUUAACUUUCUUUU